CUCGAAGAAAACGAAGGCUAUUGUUUAUGUGCGAUCGCGAGAGUAAAAAAGCGUAAAUUUUUUAUAAUUUAAUUUUUAUUUACAUUUGCAUUUCACUUGACAAAUUGUUGGUCAACGUGUGGAUACAUUUAAAAUGUAAGGAAGAAAUUAAUUUUUGUGAAGUGCAGAAACGACAUUUAGCAGCAACGACUUGGAAGAGAUUUGUCGCCAUUUUGGUGUGUAUGUGUGUGUAAACUAAUAUGUGUAUCAAGGUAGGCAACGACAAAGUGGAAAUCGAGCCUCAAAAGAAAAACCAAUUUAAACAGAAUUGGGCGCUUUCUGUGGGUGUUAAAUAUAAAUAAUUUUAAAUCGCGAAAUUUAUCUAGUGUCAAGUGAACUGAUGAAACUAUUUUGAGUAGCUAAAUAUUAAUUGAAUACCGAUUUGUGCAUGCAAGCGAGGAUGUAUAGCAGAACCGAAAGUGGGGACAAGUUGGCUCAGCAACAGUCGCAGCUGAAACAACAACAACAACAAUUAGUUUUCAGCAAUAAUGCAAUUGCAAAUAUAAAUAUAAGUGGAUUCAGUUCUUUCGACAGUGAUUCUUUAGCCGACUGCUCAGAAUUUGAUACAGAAUCGGUUACUAUGGAUUACUUUAAAGAAAGUUCACAACGCCCUUCACCAACAAAAAUGGCACCAACAACAACUAUAGAAACCAUCACAAUCACAAGACCUCUUAAGGUUAUUGCAUUUAUAUGCGGUGUUAUAGUUGUCAUACUCAUGAUUAUGGCAUUGGCUUCCACGGAUUGGUUAAUGGCUGCGGGUUGGCGACAGGGUCUCUUCGUGCAUUGUAUUGAGGAAGACGUUGAAUCACCGCUGCCAUUUAAUUUACAUGAUCCGCCUGGCUGUUAUGCUAGUCGAGACGUCGCAUACAUUAAGGCUACAGCUGCUCUUUGCAUAAUAACAUUGAUCACAGACGUAAUUGCCACCAUACUCACUGGACUGGGUUUGAGAACGCAAAACCAUAAUGUGAAAUACAAAUUUUACAGAAUUGCUGUGCUGGUGAUGCUUUUAUCAUUACUGGCUGUCUUGUCCGCACUUAUAAUAUAUCCAGUAUGUUUUGCUGGAGAACUCAAUUUGGCGAAUCGGCCAAUUUGGGAAUUUGGUUGGGCCUACGGUGUUGGAUGGGGUGCAGCUAUCUUUCUAUUCGGUGCCGUUGUGCUAUUGCUUUGCGAUAAAGAGUCGGAAGAGAUCUAUUAUAAGGAGAGAAAAAUUGUACAUGAUAACCAAAUGCGCGCCUAGGCCAGGCCGCACGACCUGCCUGACGUCGUUCUUUAGAUAUUUAAGUAAAUAUGCGAUUUCUACUGAUAUAAUACUACUAACUACUACUAUUACAAGAACAACAAAAACUAUUAAUUCAACACAGCAUACAAUAAGAGAUGAACAAAAGCAAAAAACGAGAGCCAAACAAUUAUAUAACACACAAAGAAAUCAAAGAACUUAAAAAAUAAAUGUGUAAAACUGUCUGUCAUCAUUGCCGAUAACCAAAAUACUAUAUUUAUAAUGUGAACAAAGUGAAAAGUAGAAAAACAACUUGAAAUGAAGUCAACACCAAAUAUUCAAAAUAAUUACCAACACACAUACAUACAAACAAAAACCACAACACUUUACUCAUUCAUCAACGGAAAUUAUGGGAACCUUUCGAGCUAAAACAUGUAGAUUUUUCAAAUCUCAAGCUCAAAGCGAAAUAAAGCAUUGAAUAAAGCAACACGAAGCCAGUCAAAGUUGCAUCAUAUGUAAAUAUGUUGCUUAUUUGGCCGCGUAAUCUAAAAAUACAUAUGUUCUAAAAUGAAAUAUACACUACUUCUCCAGCAUAUUGACAGCAAAGGUGAAAACCCAUAAUCCAAAAUACAUAAACAUACUCAAAUACACACAUAUACACUUUUACUUUCAUACAAUUGUCAUGUAUUUGGGUGAAAGCAUUUUAUAAAACAAUUUUAGCAUACCUAUCACAAAAAGCAAAUAUUCAUGUAUUCAUGGUGAUCGUAUUUAACCAUUUAGUAUUGUAUACGUAUAUACCUACAAACAUAUAUCUACACAUAUUUACAUAUAUAUUCGACGUUCAUUAUACAAAUACACGUAUAUAUCCACACAAUUUUCAUUAUUUUCAUGUACAUAAGCACAUACACAUAUAUCUACAUAUACCAUAUAUGUAGAUGUCCUUCCCUAUGUAACUUUGCUGACAAAAUCACUUAACCUAAAAGCCUAAACAUUUCCUCAACAAUUUUUUUAUUUAUUGUUUCAACAACAACAUCGAUGUGAACUCCGUAAAAAAUAAAAAAAAAAUGUAUGUAACUUAAUAUGAAUCGUACGAUGUAUGUAAGAAAUUCAAACUAAAUAUAAGCGUAAUAAAUUUGUAGAAAACAAGCUAACCACAUUAAAAAGACGAACUAAAACGCAUUAUUAAAAACAAAAUCAAACAUUUAAAAUGCAUAUAAGCAUAAUGAUCCUGAAAAUUAAUAUAAAAUCACGCUCAUGAACCUACCAAUUUGAAAUCGACUCCACAGAUAAAUACGUGAACCGAACCAUAAAGUUACAAGCAAUGCGAAUACAUGCAUACAUACAUACACUUUAACACAAAAACACCAACACUCAUAUAUACAUACCUACCAUCAUACAUAAAUGCAUACCGAAGUAUUAUCAGGCAGCUAUAGAAAUUAUGACAAACAAGGAAACUUGUUGUUUUUGGUUUUACAAACAUAUAUAAAAGAAAAAACACACACGACAAGACUUUGCGUUAAAAUAAAAGCAAUAUCAUGCAGCUUCGUUCAUUCAUAGAUAUAAUAGAGCAAAGUGUGUGCAUACAUGCGCCUUCCAACUAAAACUAGAUAUACUAUACAUACAUACAUCAAUUGAUUUCAUGUACACAUAAUUUAACACUUGGUGUAUGCCAAAAGGACUCAUUACUAGCUUAUAUAGUUAUGGAUUUAAUUUUAAAGUAUUUCUUAUUCGAAAAAAGCAAACAUGUUUUUUCUGUACUACAAUCCAUACUCCUGCUGGUCAUGACAGUUUUGAGUCCCUUGGCGACUGCUUAGGUGUUGGUCUGCCAAUCAAUCCGUGUUCAAAAUGUACCUUAACGUUUUUUUGUACACACAUUUGCAUACUGAUAUAUUUUAUUAACGCUUUAUUAAAACCGUCAAUUUGUAGGUAGUUGCGUAUAUUUCGCCGCAUUUUUACAAAAACUCGAAAUGUUUAUUUUUUUCUCAAAGUCUUCAAACAACCUCGUAUAAGUCUCGAAUUGAUACUCGUAUUUAAUAAUUGUGUUAUUUGUUGCACAAUAUUUGCUCAAAAGUGUUUUCAUAUCUGUGGAAAUUAUAUCGAACCUUAUAACCCGAUUUAGCAGUUUUAUCCUCUCAAGCUGUAAAUGGAAAAGCUCUAGAGCAAUAAC